ACCCUCGCCAAGCUCCCCUAGUCCUCGCUCGAUCCGAAGCAACCUCACCCAGCGAGGAGGCGGCUAAGCGGCGGCGGCAGGCGGAGCGCGGGCCAGGUGGAGCCGCGAAACUGGACCUGGACUACAGGGGGAGGGCGACGGCGGGGGGCGGAGGUUGGGUCUUGUGCGGACGGAACCCGGGUGAUGGGUGACGCGCAGGCGGAAGGGGAGGAGGGGCCGCGCUGCGUUGGCUGCGGCCGGCGCGUGAGGACGCUCUUCGUGCAGUACUCCCAGGGCAACAUCCGCUUGAUGAAAUGUGAUAACUGCAAGGCCGUUGCUGAUCCCUACAUCGAGUGCGAAUUCAUGAUCAUUUUGAUCGAUCUGAUCUUGCACAAGACAAGGGCAUACCGUCAUCUUCUGUUUAAUAAGCUGAGCAUGGGUUCAUGUGUUGACAAGGGAAUACUUUGCUGGUCUACUUUGAUUUAUAUUGCUCUUGACGCAUUCCAUAACUAUGUAGUCAGAUUAUCCUUCUCAAAAGUAAACAGUGUUGGCGGGGCUUCUUCCAGGAGUGUUUUCUCAACAAUUUUCAAUUGUAGUGAGGUUAUUGGUGAUGCAUUGUUAGGGAACGUCAUAUUUGUGAUCAUGUUAUUCCUGGCAGUGCGAUUUAUUCUCAAACUUUCUUUCGACAUUACAAGGUAUAGAGAGGUUCUGUUUGCAGUCAUCAUUUCAAGCUACUUCAAGUUGUUUCUUUUUACAAUGAUGGUUUGGGAGUUCCCGUCAUCUGUUGUAUUCAUUGUUGAAAUUUUUGUUCUCUCAUCAAAUGUUGUAGCCCUGAGAGUUGUUUCACAGUUUCCAAAAGCCCAUUGUUUCAGUGUCUGCUUCAUGGCGCAUGCAGCAAAAUACUUGACCGAGAGAUGGAUCCUUCGGACGCCAUGAGCCUAAAUUCAUCAACGUCAUCCUCUUGCUUCACGCGAGGGCCUAAUCAACGGAACAGACCAGUACUUGAUGUACAGUUUGGUAGUGCUACAUCCAGGUACACUGUGCCGCGUUGAUGAGCUAUGAUCGCAGCUAAUCAUUUUAGGAUGGAUUGUUUCACUGUGUUGCCGCUCCUUGUUAGAUGUUGUGGUCUCUGUACCAUUGUUUGAACUGGACGACCUCCUGGCAUUGUGUACCACUGUACCAGUUGUUGAACAUUCUUUUCCAUGUGUA